AAAAACACUAAUGAAAACUAAAAAUAAACAUGGGGACCUUAAAUAGGCCCCAAGCACGCACUCGGCGGUAUUUCAGGAUUGACGGCGACUCGAGAAUUUCAGGAAUUGCCACGGGUGUUUCCCCGACAAGUUAGCUUUUUUUUCUUGAACAUUAGAACUGCACGUCUUGUCUGUAAAUGGCAAACGAAUAGUUUAUUUAUAUUUCCCCUCAGCCAGGAACAGUGCUGCCUUUCAUGAGAUUUAUGUUAAGAGACGAUAAAGAAACGCAAAUUGGUAUUAAAGCGCACGAAGCAUUUCACACGCUUUUAUUAUUCCAAGAACGUUGCAAAUUGACAUUAUUACAGUACUGCGCCCGGUUAUUAUUUAAUAACAAUUUAAUUGCGCUGACCUCUGGGCUCGUAAAAACAAUCUGAAUGAAUUAAUCGGCAUCUAAACAAUGCGGGUGACUGAGGAAGUCUUAGGUGUUGUAGUGAUAAGGAUUGCAAAAGCGUCAGGUGCUUAUCUAUCAGUCGGAUGUAUCAAGUCGGAGUGUUUAGUGCGCUUCCAAGUUAAAACUCUUCGGCCAACUCUCAUCUCGUUGCCCUCAAGCAGCUGCAGUUUAUAAAGGAGUUUCACCGAGAUGACCGACAAAACCGAGCCGCCACAAGCCGGUGAAAAAGUGAAAGAGAGUUCGAUCAUUUCAACGAUUCACAGGGCCUACAAAAACGACGAUUUGGUUCUUCGGGACCCCACAAAUCGACGGAGUUUCAUCAACCGUUCGGCUUACGCCAAACUGCACCGCUCCUCAAGCACCGGAACCAACCGCCACAGUGUUGGCAAUCUAAAAUGCCGGUUUGAAAGCCUGUCCCGGGAGAAUUCGCAAGACAAAUCACCACCCAGCGAAAGCUCCGAGGAAGACACCAAAUUCACUCCUGCCAGUUUCGGAUACCCCAAGACUGCCAAAUUGAACCCCCCACUCAUCAAACCCAAGCCCCAAAUCCGCAAAAGCGCCCCCAAAGAUGUGAAUUCGAACGUGGUGCCCAAACGGGAAUCGAGCGAUGGUGAGGAGUACCGUACCAUUGUCCAGCAGUCGGCGUCUGAGGAAAGUGUAGACAAGAUAGCCAAAGAGUUGUCCAAUUUCACGAUGGACGGCAAGCCGAAGAAACGCGGGAGUUUCCGCAAGUUGUUCCUGGGGGGUUUGUUCAAUAAAGACAAGAAGAAAAAGGAGGAGGAGCGCAAAAAAAUCGGCGAUAAUAUCGUUUACAAUGAUAAUUUACGCAACGAGUCCAGUUUUGUGAAACAGGCGCCUUUCCCGGUCAAUGAGCGCAUACGCAACCAGGAAAUACACGAGGAAAAAAUCAAAGAACUCGAACAAAAGUAUGCAGAAAUGCACGUGAAUCGCUUCAACCAAAUUCGACAAAACUUCAGCGAGACACGCGAUUAUGUUCCAAAAAACACGAGCUCGUCCGAAUCGGACAAAACCAACGGUGUCGUGGCUCGUGACACUCCCCCAAGAGCCAAAGAAACCUACCAGAAUAUCCAAGUGGUUAAGCCAAAGUCGGUCACGCCUUCGCCUAGUCCCAGAACCAUCGAACGCAAUUUAAACCGCAGUAACAGUAAGGAAUACCCGGACAAGCCCAAUGUCACACCCGAGGAUACCUACGGGACCGUUUUCGACAGUUUGGAGUAUUCCAGCAGGAAUGGUGACCUGAAACCGGUGGCCGCUUCACCGAAACCACUCUCGUUGGAAAGCACCAAGUUGAGGCUUCCUUCCAACCGCGAGAUCUACGAGCCUUUGCCAAGGGUCAAGUCACCGAUCCCGUCAAAUAGGGUUAGUACCGAUAAAAUCAUCGCGACUGAGCUUUUGAAAGGGUCAAGAUCGCCCACUCCUCCGAAGAGAACGGUUUCAAAGCCUGAUGAUUUUUUGGCUGGCAAACCACCAAUGUCGCCAAUGUCGCCCCGGAAAAACGAACCACAAGUCGAUAGAAUUGUGACUAAUGCACUUGUGCACGCCCCUCGACCGGAAACGCCGCUCCGGGCUGCCACUCCGGUUGACUUACGCAUGUCCGUGUCAAUGAAAAUGUCGCCUAAUAAGAAGGACAUCCGGAAGAGCGUCGAGGAGUACUAUUGGAAGGAGCUGAAGAAAUUGAAGGAAGAGGAAGAUUCGCGACUUUAUGCCAUGCAAGUGAAUGGCUAUUUUGAAGACCAAGCCAAGCUGAAACGUUCGAGAAGUCUCUCACCUUCAAGGGUAGGACGUAGGAGUUUGAGUUUGCCACGAGACAAUCGGGGGGUUUACGAAGGGGUGCGGGUGCAACCGCAGGCAAUUCCCGAGGAUCAGGUCAUGUCAGGGAGACACUUUGUUUACGAUCAACGGUUCGUUCGGGGAAGUACCGAACGGAGGACCGUAGACAGUCUCCAAAGACCGAUUUUUCGCCGUGGUAGUUUGACCAAACAAGAGAUUUAUGAACCCCAGUAUAACAAGAGAGUGAGUUUUUCGAACGGACAACAAGCCUGGCCGACUAGGAAUGGCUACGUCCAAAGCCCCCCACAGAGACGCUUAGACUCGCAGUUGGAGGACGAAGUCUUCGUUGACAGCCCCAAUAAAGAACCAAUUUAUGGGACACGUUACACCAACGAACCCAUCUACAGUAACCGGGUUUUGGAACAGUUCCGGGCCCGCCCAUUGUACGACUCCCCCAGGAGACAGCUUUAUAACUACAACCCUCAGAUGGGGUCCCGGAGGUCCUCCAUGGAGGCGAUCCCGCGUCAAGACCUUUACGUCUCGCGUCAAAUCCGCAGGCCGGUGUCUAACAUCCCUGAGGAUUACGCUUUCCAGCAGUACCCUCGCAACUCGGUCAUUUAUUCCUCCCGUCAAAGCAUGGCAGAGCCGCUCUACGGCCACCAGAAGCAGGUCACAGUGAGGAACAAAGUCUGCGAUAUUUAUGGCCAAAUCCACGAUUCGCCCCAGUCUGGGGUCGUGAUGGGUCAGUUAAGCACCUCAGUGCCUCACCAACCCGAGUAUUUCGUCCGCGGUUCGCGUUUAACUUCAAGUGCUAAUGAUGUAGGCCAACGAAUUUACGAACCGAGAAUUCAGAAAUUCUCACCGAACCGACCGUUGCCACCUCCGCCGACCAAACCCAACCGUUUGCAGGUUUCGGAUACGGAGAGCGGGUCCGAUGCGAGCGAGAUCCAGAGGAUCUUGCAAAGUAAAUCGAAAAGUAAAAAGCGGGGCUUGUUCGAUGAAGAAUGGAACGCCGAUGGCAAGUCCGGAAGAGGCGCUUCGGGGAACGACAGUGGCCGGAGCGACAAUGAGGGUGAAGUGAGGGGGCGAAGUCGCAACACUAGGCGGGACGACCCCCGAAGACAUACCCUAGGUGCCGACCAGCAGUACUUGGGCAUGGCCGGCCAGGGAGGGCCUCUCUCCCGCACCAUGGACCUGGAGAUGAGUUCCACCAGACCUAGAAAGGGCCAGCCUCGAGGCUAUCCGCCACCUUCCAACGCCAUGCUGUUUGACGACGAUCCCGGGAUCAUGUCGGAAGUGGAGACCAGCUCGACGGGCUUCCGCCGCGGUGGCAAACAGAGGAGUUCGCUUCCCGUCGUGCGGACGCCCAGCAAAACGCUCGAAAGGCCAUUAGGUUUAGUAUUCCUCCAAUAUCGCAACGAAACUAAAAGAGCUCUCCUCCCCAACGAAAUCACUUCCAUUGACACCGUCAAAGCCCUUUUCGUCCGUUCGUUCCCCAAACAACUCACGAUGGAAUACCUCGACUCACCAAACGUAAAAAUCUACAUUCACGACUCUUCCAAAGAUAUGUUCUACGAGCUUGAAGAUUUAAGGUCACACUUGAGGGAGAUUAGGGAUCGCUCAGUUCUGCGCCUGUUUGAGUCAGCGGACGUCUCAGGAGGACUCCCAAUGGCUGGGAUUGGGAUAGCUGGAGGUGUGGGGCAUUUUGAAGAUCCGAGCUACUUCUCCGAGCCAGAGUUUGACUCAGAGUACCAACACCAACACAUCCACAAAAGUAAGGGCAGCGGGGGCAAAGCGCCGUACUACAUGGGCUCGACGGCCAGUCUCCCCCGGGGCGCCGCCCUCCUGCGGACCUACUCGCCCGCCGUGGGCGCCCUGCCCGCCGACCGCCUCAAGUCGCUCCCCACAGGUGCUCCCCCCAAACCUCAGCGUGCGUACUCCGGUGGGUCCACCCGGUCAAGUGAUGGCCCACCACGACCACCAGACCGAUUCGCCCCCUUCCAAAGGCCUGCCAACCCUCUCUUUGCCUUACCAGGUGGGUCGCCACCCUCCGAAACAUCCCAAAGGGGCUGCAGAUUGACACAAACUGACCAAAAUGGGUACAUGUCGUCGCCUGAGAGGGGCUCGCGGUACGAGGACCCCUACUACAGCCAAUACGCCUCAAGGUCGGGCUCCAUCACCCCUGUCAUAGACGAAGAAGUCAGUGACACAGAAUUGCUGGACGAUUCGUACUCCCUUUACGGGGUCAAGUUAGCCUCGGGGGGGCCUCGAGGAGGGCCCAGGUCCCCCUUUCCGCCUCCUGCUGCCGUUCCAUAUGACGCUACACGGUUGCGUGUAGAAAAUAUGGAGCGUCAACUUGCUAAUUUGACAGGUUUGGUCCAGAAGGCACUCACACAAACUCCCACAACACAUUUACAAGUACCAGGAAGGGAGAACUACCGUACAGGAGACGAGUUCGAUAAGAACUCCAGUUCAAGUUCCGCCUCUUUACCAGAUGACUCGUACCUACGGUCAGACAGCAAAACGCCCAAAUUGGGCAAAAGCGGCUGUCAUAAGUCGGUUUCUUUCGAGAAAUCGGUCUCAUUCAGUGAUGAGCCGCCCGACAUGAAUUCGCCGAAACAGCACAGUCCACAACACGCAGCGGAUACUAAACCUGCCAAACCCGCCAUUAAAUCAUCAACUCUUCCGCGGACCUCCUCACAGGAGAGAGAUCGUUUAAAACCGGCGCCUCCGCCAAAACCGGCAUCCUUGUCUCCGGGACAAUACGACGGAAGGCUUUUGUAUCGCGACCUGCAGUUAACACCGGAAAUGUACAACCAGUUGCGAGGCUUGCAAAAGAAAGCCAAAGAUUUGAGAGCGGAAGUGAGGAAUUUGAGGAGGAUGUCGCAAGCGCAAGCACACUCAGUCAGAGAAACAAUUAGGGACACGUUUAUUAAAAUUAGAGCGAUGCUUUUAGCUGGAGGUGAACAAGUGUGGCAAGCCGGGAUGGACCAAGAACGGGUCCGUUUGAGUCGAGAGGAAGACCUUUAUAAACAAGAAAUGCUACGUUUGGAGAAGGAUUUGAGUGAUUUAGAAUCAACAGUUGAGGAAUUGAGGGGUAAUGUGAUUAAUAGAAAGACAAGGGUUAACAUGUCAGAUGUUGAAAACAUGGCACUAGUCUUAAGUAAAAGCUCAAAAACAGUGGCCGAUUUAAAAUUAAGAUUUCCUGGCCUACAAGAUGGGAUGAAGACUUUCCUAAGUUCGGAAAUGGAGAAAGUAAUGAGGGAGGAAAAGUUCCUCAAGGAAGAGCCCGAACGGCUGGAAAGUGCGUUAAGACGGUGUAAAAAGCUCACAGGGACUCUAGUCACUUUAAAAAGACUUGCAAGUGUUCAAGAGCAACGGCUUCCGUGCUCGAACUCAUCGACUGAUGGUCGUCUCUCGCCCACUGUGACGGAGACGCCUCCCAUCACCCCCACGUCAUCAAGCAAGCCCCCUUCCGGUGCACGUGUGGGGGCGGUCGUCGUCGGGGGAGACUCCGUCAGCUCCAGCGACAGUAGCCAACGUCCGGAGAACGCACUCGACGCUCUGUUAGACGAGCUGCAGACCUUCUCCAAGCCCCCUAGCGAGGAGGAGCCGCCGCCCGCAGUGCCCGCCAAAGGCGUCGCCCCCAGCCACCCCCCGCACAUGUCCGAGAUCGGCCGGAAAGGCAGCAUGGACUCGGCCACGUUCCUCCCGACCCAGAACCUGACAGUGAGCACCGCCACCGGCAGUCUGCGAAGACUGCACUCGUACCCCAGCGGCUCCGACACCGACAACAGCCCCCCGAUCCAGCCCCAGAAGACCCUCAGCAAGCCGCCGCUGCCCGAACGCAACGCCGAGCUGUUGCAGCACAUCACGGGGCGGCGCGUGCCGCCUCCGCCGCCCCCGCGCACCAGCUCCAAGUCGCCGCUCGCCUCCCCCACGUCCCCCAGUCUGCCGCCGCGCUCGCCCGCCGCCGGCUUGCAGCACAUCCAGAACGUGCAGAACAUGGUGGAGAACAAGCCGCAGUCGCAGUUUGAAGCCGCCACACAAAACCUAGGUUUAGGCACUUUGAGGAGAAACGUUCCUAAUAGGUCUAGUCUCAAGGAUAAAGCGCAAACGCUGCCAAGGAAUGUGGGGUCGAAUCUGCAAGUGCCCCCCGAAAACGAGGCGAUCAGUGCCUCCAAUAGCAGCAGUUGCGAGAGUGUCAACUCGCAGGAUGGGACGAAAAAGUCGCGGAAGGAGGAGCUGGAGCAGAGGCACCAGGAGUUGUUGAAGAAGCAGAAGGCGCUCCAGGAGCAGUAUGCCAGGCUGCAGCAGCUCCAAAGGGGGAACAACACGUUGGCGGUGGUGCCUCCCACUUCCGAAUUGUUGAAAAAGACAGGGAGUGAGUCGAAUUUGUUGCAGAAGAUGGGGCUACAAAUGACUACCUCACAGAUCACCGGCUCGCUGACGAAUCUUCCAAACACUACCGCUAAUUCACUUAGUAAAAACACCUCGACCAAUACCACGAAUAGUAACAACGCGGAAGAACAGACCACCACGACUAAUAAAGUUUACGAAACUGAUAUACUGUGACCAAGCACUCAAAGACGAUUGCAAUCUGUAUGUUGAAUUUGUUGCACUCGAUACUCAUAUCACGACUGGAUUGUUAUUACUUUUCCUGUUUACUCUGAUUGAAUGUAGUCAGUGUUUUAUAACGGUUAGGAUUUUGUCUUUUCGAUCUUAAUAUACUUAUGAAGGCGCAAUUUUACCAAACUACAAUAACGGCUGUAAUUUCGUAAAACUGCCCAAGGAACGUUCUAAAAAUGUCACUUUUUGUUACCUAUCACGAUUUGUUCCGAUCUACACUGAACUGUACAUAAUUACAUAAAGAUUGCAAAAUGUAUGACGCACUUAUUGGAAAAUUAAAAACACCACUAAAUUCGUUAUUGAGACACAUUGUACAUAAAAUGUUAAUUUGGAUCGUUCCGGUUUUAUUUAACUUGCAGGAACGUACAGAAGCACAGAAUCCAGUAAAAACCUAUCCUGUGAAACAUUCCUGCGACAAAAUUUGCACACAGAGAAAAGAUUUUUGUGCUUCUGCACGGUGCACUGAUUUGGACGUUGUUAAAUAUUGCUCAAAAUAUAAUACUUACCAUGUAAUCAAAGAUGUUGCACAUCAUACUUAACUGUGGUGUUUCCAAAUGUUGUGAUUAAUUUGAACGGGAUUCUUUUGGCUGCACUUCAGUAAAACAUCCACAGAUCCCCACCAAUAUUGUGAUGAAUCAGUUUUGCAUUUUUAUAUAUGUACUUAGAAAGCGCAAACGGUCCCUCAGCUGAUAAUGUUACUGUUAGAAUUUUUUAUCUGGCAUAAGGCCUACCGGAAAAUGCCAAAUUUUAAGACUAACCGAUCGUUGUACGCCCAUAAAUUCCACAGCAGUAUUAAACAGAGUGAACAUUAAACCAACUGAAUGUCAUCUUUUGAUAAUUUAUUCGCAACAUAGUCACAAUAGAAUUAAGCAAAUUUCUAUUUAAAUGUAAAUAAUUUUGGUUGUUGAAUGAAACGUGGUGGCUGCUAAGCAUUAGGUGCCAAUGUAAUUAAAGUUGUAACUGAAUAAAGUAAUUAAUACCGA